AUGGCAAGCGCAGCGAUCGACCGGUGCGGGACAAUGCUGGCCAAGGGCGUGCUCGUGACGGUACACGAUAUGUACAUGGGUCUGUUGCCGCUACGACCGCUGGAGUCGUACCUUCAGGCAGUGCGACGCUUCAACGUACAGUCCUUUCGCUACCAACCCCGGACGGAUGACCUUGCUACUUCAGGCCAAAAGCUGGCCACGUUUCUAAAGAGCCAAAAGCCGCAUACAGCAGACGAAGCAAUUCAUUUUGUCACACACGGAUAUGGAGCUCUUGUGCUGCGAGAGGCGUUUCGGACCGUGGAUUGGAACUAUACAAAAUCCAAAGUGGUGAUGCUGGGUCCGCCCAACAGGGGGAUUCGGUACCACAAGUCAAUGAAGAAAUACCUUGGAGUUGCAGGAUAUGGAGGUGUGGCAGCAGAAGAGUUGUCGACGUUUAGUGCUGAAGCGCUAGACGAGCGACUGGGAAAACUUCCGCGGAGGUGCUACCCGUUGGUGCUUGCCGGAAAUCUCUGUUUGAACCCGUUCAAUCAGCACAAUUACCCAAAUGAUGGUCUUGUGAUGGUCGAAGAAACGACAAUGCCAGGCGAGUUUCGACACCAGGUUAUUGGUGCACCACACUACCUUUUGCCGUCAUACCCAACAGCUACUGCACUUACACGGUCAUUUGUUGAAAGUUGA